CGUUAGCUUUCUGUUUCCUGAGCGAGGUUUGGCUGGAAACUGGCGGUCGAGGCGUUUAUUGGUGAAGAGCACUAAUAACUGAUGAAGGGAAAGACACCUGUAGUCUUCCUCAUCUGGCAGUUGGGGGACUCUUCUUUAAGCUUUUCUCCAUCUGCCGCCCCCCCCUCCCCCAAACCACCAAAAAAAGCUGGAGUCUGGUUUUCAGUGAUUCUCCGUGUCUGAACACUUGGUCUGCUUUUUCUGGACUGACAGACUGCUGAGUGAAGGUCGCAGUGCAGGCUUUAUGUCAUCGUUCCGCAAAGGAAUUUUUACUCAGUGGCAUUAUUUUCUGCAAUAAUUGAACUUUAGUGUGCUGCCUUGCUAAGGAACUUCAGCUCAGGAGGAAGAUGAAAGAUAGCAUCCCUGAAGAACAUUUGUAUUUGGGUUUUUCACAUCAGUACGGAGAUAGCAUCUUUCCUCUUCAUACAUCUAUUUCGCUAUUUUUGCUGUCCUACUGUGACUGCAAAUUAUUCAAAAUUUUCUUAGUGCCAACUGGUGAAAAUGCAGAUGACCAGCUUGUGACAAAAAACCUCUCUCUCAAUCUUGAAGUUUGCUUAAUCUCCAGAUGUCAGCUUCCUGUGGUGGUACAGAGCUGCUGUUUACCUGCUGUUGUCGUGAAAGAUGGCAAAUUCUGUCGAGCUGGCCUCUCUGUUGUCUUAAGGCACAUAAUACAGAAAACAUACCAGGCAGAUCCAUCCAAAAAGGAUGUUUUGGAACUUCUAGGCUUUAAGAAGACCUGCUUAAAAGCUUGUGCUGAGGUUAGCCGGUGGACCAGACUUUGUGAGAUCAGCAUACCUCUGGCUGUUGAAAGAUUUUUGACGGGAUCUCCUGAGAACUGUCAGACUAUUCCUCCUGACGUUUUAGAGCUUGAAAGGAAGCUUGGAGAACCUGUCCGAGUGCAUAAUGAUGACAAAAUCCGAAGGCAAAAACUUCAACAACAGAAGGCAGGUGCCAAGGCUGCGCUGCCUGUACUUGCUAAAGAAGCAGCAGAAGGAGGAGAACUGGUAGAAAUGCAUGAGCAUCCACUUCCAAGUUUGGAACUGAGCAUAGCUUUCUCCAAACUGCUUGUCCAGGAAGGGUCAGCUACAGUCAACAGGGAGCCUCCUCACAUCAGGAAAACAAAAACCUCUGACCUUCCACCUUUGGACCAUGUUUUUGCAGAAGGGCUUUAUUUCACCUUGGCAGAUCUAGUGCUUUUGCCAUGCAUCCAUCAGUUUUUGGUUUCCUGCAAAAAGCAAGGCAAAAAUCUGUUCAAUUUGCCUCUGAUAUCCAGUUGGUAUCAAAGAGUUCAGGAAGUACCUAGAGUAAAGCAAGCGGCUGACAAAUGCAAUAUGCAGCUUCUCCAGCUUCCAGAGUUGCAGUCCACUCCUGAGGAACAGUUACAAAACUCCUCUUUGGUUCCUGAUGAAUUAGAAGAGGAGCAUGAAGACAAUCAUUUUAUAGGUGGUCCAAGGCCAACUAUGACUAAAUUAAUGGAAAGUGGUAUUGAGGCAAAGUUUUCUCCUCAUCCAUGUCCUAACUGGACCCUAGACUGGAACAGUCUACCAGCUGCAGUCAGUCCUGGAGAAGGAAAGAUGUCCAGAGACCGGGCUCUGAGGAAACAGCAGCAAUUGAAUAAUUUGGUAGCGGUGGUGAAAAAGCUUGCCAAGCCUGGAGAUGUGAUUGUGGAUUUUUGCAGUGGAGGGGGCCAUGUUGGAAUUGUUCUUGCUCACAUGAUGCCAUCAUGUCAGGUGGUGCUCAUAGAAAAUAAGGAAUUGUCACUGAUCCGUGCUAAAGAGAGAAGUGAUGAACUGGGUUUAAACAACGUUUGGUUCAUUCAAGCAAAUUUGGACUAUUUUAAUGGAACUUUUAAUAUUGGGAUAGCUCUGCAUGCCUGCGGUGUGGCAACAGACAUGGUGAUUGAACACUGCAUCAAGGCUCAGGCAGCCUUUGUCAUCUGCCCAUGUUGUUACGGUUUCAUUCAAAACACAGUGAAGUUUACAUAUCCGCAAAGCCAUCAAUUCAAAGAAAUUUUAUCGUACAAGGAGCACAUGAUUCUUUGCAGAUUUGCAGAUCAGACAGCUGUUCAGCUUCCACUUGAACGCAGGCUAAUAGGAAAGCAGUGUAUGGGACUUGUGGAUCUGGAUCGGGCAUGGGCUGCAGAAGGACGAAACUACUCUGUCCAAGUGAUAUCUAUGGAGCCAGAGAGUUGUUCUCCAAAGAACAAUAUGCUUGUGGGCACCCCUACUUAGAAUGUGAAACUUGCAUUUAAUUUGAACAUAAAUCCUCAGUGCAUAAUGACAUCCAGCAGAUACCAGCAGGGCUGGGAGCCAGACAUCACACAUCUUGAACUCGUGCUUGGAAAAAGGAAGCGGCAGGAAAAGUCUUAGAAAGUGCGCUGCCUGCAGAGCAUCACAAAUCGUACUUGUAACGUGUCAUUAAGCAGCUUUUGGUUCUCUUACUGGAAAGUUUCUCGAUUUGACACCUGUCCAUGGAAUCAUAUCCACCAGCAAAAGUUUGGAAGAGAAGUGGUCUCAUUGAAGGGAAAGCGAUUUCCUUUUCAGUAGAGCUGUCUUGGCUGCUUCAAAAUUGCAUUCAUGUUCAAAAAAGCAUUUGUGCCCAUAGGCAGACGAUUUAUGUGCCAAUAAUGCAGAUCAAUAGAGGAACGGAAAAGAUCAAAUUUAUAGUGUUACUGAGGGCAGGCCAUGCAACAGGUGGUGGCUUGACUUUGCUAAAGAAUUCCAUGCUACUGUAGCAAGAUGGUUUUUAAUAAAGUUUGCAGAAAUA